AUGGCUCCAACAUCAAUCAUCAAUAAACCUGAAGAUAUUCAAUCUUUAAAAGCAGAAUCUCAAGCUUCAAAUAAUGAACAAGAAUUUAAUGAUUUAGUUCAAAAAUUAGCUUCAAUCAAACCAAUUGGUUGGGCUAGAUCAAAAAAACAACCAAUCACUGGUCAUGAUCCUGUUUGGGCUGAUAGAUUACCAGAAACCACCAAGGAAAGAUUUGCAAAACAUGGAAUUGAUAUUUCAAAAGGUUAUCCAUAUAUUCCAACAACUGAUAAAAUUCCUAAAUUUGUUGAUGAAGCUUUUGCAAUUAGAAAUGAAGAAUAUCCUUAUAUCGACCGUGGUUCAAAUGCUGACCCUGAAAAAAAAUCAUUAUUUGAUGCUGCCGAAGAUGUUAUUGAUUUAACUACUUAUGUUGGUACUGAAAUUGUUGGUUUACAAUUGGCUGAUUUAACUGAUAAACAAAAAGAUGAAUUGGCUCUUUUAAUUGCUGAAAGAGUUGUUGUUGUUUUCAGAGAUCAAGAUUUAUCACCAAGAAAACAAUUAGAGUUAGGACAUUAUUGGGGUCAAGUUGAAGUUCAUCCACAAGCUGCAAGAGCUGGUGAAGAUUUAGAUGGAGUUACUACUAUUUGGCAAGAUUAUCAAAAUGAAAGAAAUGGAUUAAACUUAUCUUUCAGAAAUUCAAAAUUAGGUAAUUCUUCAUGGCACAGUGAUUUAGUUCAUGAAAAACAAACUGCAGGUAUUACUCAUUUACAUUUAGAUGCAAUUAGUGAAAAUACUGAAACUACUUGGGCAAGUACUUAUGGAGCUUAUGAUAAACUUUCUCCAGCUUUUCAAAAAUUUUUAGAUGGUAAAACUGCUAUUUACAAAAGUGCUCAUCAUUAUCUUGAUCGUGACAGACCAUUACAUGGACCAAAACAUGUUGAAAGAGAACAUCCUUUAGUUAGAACUAAUCCAACUACUGGAUGGAAACAUUUAUUUGUCAAUCGUGGAAUGACUGAUAGAAUUGUCGGAUUAUCAAAAGAAGAAUCAGAUUUAAUUUUAAAUUAUUUGUUUAAUGUCAUUGAAACCAAUAGAGAUAUUCAUGUUACUGUUAAAUGGGCUCAUCCAGAAGGUAAAAAAUCCAAGAGUACAGAAAAGAAAAAAUAUAGUGGUACUUCAGUAUUAUGGUUUAAUUCUGUUUCAAAUCAUAGUGUUAUUCACACUAAUGAAUCACUUAAAGGACGUCAUGGUACAAGAGUUACUUCAUUAGCUGAAGUUCCUUACUUUGAUCCAAAUUCAAAAAGUCAAAGAGAAGCUUUAGGUUUACCAAAUUGA